CCACGAGUAGUAGGAGUGUUAAGAGUAGCCGCGGAACACAGGUUGCACCGACUGGUGCCAGACUAAUCAUUUGACCUUCAGCGAACCAGAGGAUUUAUUUCUCAAAUCCAGACGCUUCAAACCCACCGGACUUGUAUAUGACACAUUUUUAUCGCGUUUGGUCGUUUUUUAAAUAAACAUAUUUAUUUGUUAACAAGAGGUGUCCACGUCCUUGAUUUUCUUGCCUCGCGGUUUGGAAAAACUAACACAUACUGAGUGGUUUCACCCAGGAAUGGAUACUGGAGUUGUCACUGAAAAGAAAAGGGUGAGCUCGGAGCGCAGGAAGGAGAAGUCCAGGGAUGCGGCGCGAAGUCGCAGGGGAAAGGAGUCUGAGGUGUUCUACGAGCUAGCACACCAGCUCCCCCUGCCACACAAUGUCAGCUCCCACCUGGACAAAGCCUCGAUCAUGAGGCUGACCAUCAGCUACCUGCGCAUGAGGAACCUGCUCAGCUCUGAUGAAGAAGAGAAGGAGAAUGAGGUGGAGAGUCAGCUUAAUAGCUUCUACCUGAAGGCCCUGGAGGGUUUCCUCAUGGUCCUCUCUGAGGAUGGAGACAUGGUUUAUCUCUCUGAGAAUGUCAGCAAGAGCAUGGGCCUCACACAGUUUGAUCUGACCGGUCACAGCAUCUUUGAAUUUUCACACCCGUGUGAUCAUGAGGAGUUGAGAGAAAUGCUAGUCCACAGGAUGGGAUCCAAAAAAAACAAGGAAAUGCAAAACACAGAGCGAAGCUUCUUCCUGCGUAUGAAGUGCACACUCACUAGCAGAGGGCGCACUGUCAAUAUCAAGUCUGCUACAUGGAAGGUGCUCCACUGCACAGGCCAUGUCCGUGUGCAAGAGCGCAGUGAGGAAUCUGGAGACUGUGGCUUUAAAGAACCCCCUCAGGCCUACCUUGUGCUUAUCUGUGAGCCCAUUCCUCAUCCCUCAAACAUCGAGGUUCCUCUGGACAGCAAGACCUUCCUCAGCCGCCACACUCUGGACAUGAAGUUCUCGUACUGUGAUGAAAGGAUCACAGAAUUAAUGGGAUAUGAGCCAGAUGAUCUGCUAAACAAGUCAGUGUAUGAAUACUAUCACGCCCUUGAUUCAGACCAUCUAACCAAGACACAUAACAACUUGUUUGCAAAGGGCCAGGCUACCACAGGCCAGUACCGCAUGCUGGCUAAGAAAGGUGGUUAUGUGUGGGUGGAAACUCAGGCCACCGUCAUCUACAACCCCAAGAAUUCCCAGCCACAGUGCAUUGUGUGUGUCAACUAUGUUCUCAGUGGCAUUGUGAAUGGGGACAUUGUCCUUUCUCUGCAGCAGACCGUGACAGAGCCACAAGUUAUGGAGAAAGAGAGCCAGGAGAUGGAAGAGGCAUCUGAGGUGGAUGUGCUCAAACUCUUCAGGCCGGAAGGCCUCAAGCAUUCAAUGGGGAGCUCUUCAGAACUGUAUGAUAUGUUAAAGGACAAAUCUGAGGACCUCGAUCGAUUGGCACCUGCAAUUGGAGACACCAUCAUCUCUCUUGACUUCAACAACUCAGAUUCUGAUGUGCAGCUGCUGAAGGAGGUGCCUCUCUACAAUGAUGUCAUGUUGCCCUCCAGCAGUGAGAAGCUGCCUAUGACUCUGUCUUGUCUGACCACCAGCGAGUCCAUCCCACCACUGACCAAAUUGGAGACAGCAGAGGACUUCCCUUUCAGCUCAGACUCACAGCGGGUUCCCGACUCUAACACACCUUCUACACCUGGACUUGGCUCCUCAGGGCCCAACUGUCCUAUGGAUUACUGUUUCCAAGUGGACUCAGAUAUCAGUUCUGAAUUUAAACUGGACCUGGUUGAGAAACUGUUUGCUAUUGAUACAGAGGCAAAGACCCCUUUUACCACACAGGACAUGGAGGAUCUUGAUCUGGAGAUGCUAGCUCCAUACAUCCCAAUGGAUGAUGACUUCCAGCUGCGCAUCCCCUCUCCCCUGGAUCCACUCCCGUCUGGCCCUCACUCUGUGUUGGCCAUGAGCUCCCUGUUCCAGCAUUUGCCCACCCCUGCAUCUCCAGAUUCUGCUUCCAACAGUGCUGUGAAGCAGGAGCCAUCGUCACGGUCACCUUCGCCCCUGCACCUGCUGCAGGAGGUGUGCAGUGCUCCGGUCUCACCCUUCAGUGGCAGCAGGGAGGCUUCCCCAGCACGUUCCCCCACCCCACAGGCAGGCAAACAGCUCAACAACAGAAUGCCUAUGGGGGAUCGAGAGCUGUCUCCAAAGAUUUUAGCCAUUCAGAAUGCCCAACGGAAGAGGAAGCUGGAGGAGGUGACAUCACUUUCUGAAGCCGUUGGACUGGGUGCUUUGCUUCAGAGAGUGGACAGUGCUAUUGAGUCUGGAAAGAGGGCCAAGGUUUUGGAGCUUAAAGGAUCAAGUGUGCUUGGGGGAAACAAAACUAUUCUCAUACUUCCCUCCGAUGUGGCAAGUCGUCUGUUGUCCAGUUCUCUAGAGAGCAGUGAUGGGCUGCCUCGGCUAACACGCUACGACUGCGAGGUCAAUGCUCCAGUUCAAGACCGCCAUCAUCUGCUCCAGGGAGAGGAGCUUCUGCGUGCUCUGGACCAAGUCAACUGAGCUCUGCUGUGUUUGGCUGUUCUAGACACUUCAUCCCUCUCUCUGCCCUUGAUCCUGAUCCCUUAAAUUUGCCUUCACUUGUCUUCUAUAUUCCACAACCUACCCCAUCUGAUAAUAUUCUCUAUAAAUAAACCCCAGUGUUUUAAAAAUGUACUAGAAGAGCUGCACCUAGUUUAUGCGAAAUGGAGCCCAGAGGGAGUGUCACAGUGUAUACAGGGCAGUCUCUUCCCUGCCAAUAAAAAGAUAAAGGAGUCUAAUAUAAUUUGGCAAGCAGUGGCAUCAACCAGAGAGGAGCCUUCAUGUGAAAGGAAAACUUGCCGUAGCACACAGAUGUAGAUGUGCAUACCUCUCACUCCCUCUGGAUUCCGUAUUUUCACUUUAAAAUACUCCUGUGUGUUUAAUUGUUCCCCAAAACCGUGUGCAUUGUAGCUACAGUCGCACAAUAAUCUAUUUUCUUAAGAAAGAGUACCAGCAGUCCAUGCAAUAUAUGAAACCAUUUUUAUAAAUAUGUACUUUUAAUGAAAUAUUGAACAGUUAAAUUGUUUUCUCUCUUGUUAUUUCACUUCUGUCUUCUGAGUUUUGUUUCGUAGUGGUUAUAUAUGGGUUCUGUGUGUUCACACUUAGAAUCUGGUUAAAUGCAGUUGGAUGUUUGUGAAUUCAUGUUGCUUUUCAUUGCAUUGUAAUUGCUUACAUCACUUUGUUUCCUCUUGAACAGCAAAGAUAAUUGUAAAAGAGCCAUUGAAAGUAAGGAUCGAGAAUGUGCAAAAGGGGAAUUUGAAAUCAUUUUAUGGUGUUCUCAUGAUGGUUUUUGUGUCUGAAAGGUUAAAACAGAUUUAUAGUUUAAUUAUGCAAUAGAUUUUUAUAUUUUUAGUGGUCAUUUUUCUGUUUAGUUAUCUACGUAGUAAAUGCUUAAAGUUAAUUGAUUCUUGUGAGAAGUAGUAGCUGGUCAACUUUCUGCUUUAUAAACUGUUUUAGAUCAUGCAAAGCUGAUGUAUCAUUUAUCCCAGUUUUACAAGUAUUUAUAAUGGCAUUAGAACAUGAAUGCUUAGUUUAAGUAAGACAGUAUUUGUUUUCAUCAGGCUUACAGAUAAAUGUCUGCUUUUGCUGAUUAUGACAUUGUCCUGCAAACAUUUUAUGACCUUUUAUUUUGUUUUUCAAUAGAAAAGACAUUUCUGUUUGUGUUACUGUAAUCUGUUCAUUCAUCUCUGCAGUCUCCAGUCAUCUCCUUUAUUCUCUUAACACUAAAUGUAUUGUUUAUUGCAUAAUCAGUAAAAGACAAUUGUGGACCAGAA